CGCGCAACCCCGCCCCUCUUCCGCCGCCCCCGCACUCCCCCCGCACUCCCGGACUCGCAUCCAACCCACUCGCACUCCCUGUGACGAACGGACAUGGACGACUGCAAGACCCGCGUUAUCCACCUGCAAACCGACCAGUCCACCCUCUUCACCCCCAUCCGAGACGAACAACUGCAGUACGCGGCCGACAUCAUCAGGUCCGGAGACGUCGUCGCAUUUCCCACCGAAACCGUUUACGGACUCGGCGCGAACGCGCUCGAUCAAGACGCCUCCUUGAAAAUCUUCAAAGUCAAAAACCGUCCCAGCGACAACCCCCUCAUCGUUCACAUUUCCAGCAUGAACAUGCUGGGUCUUCUUGCCUCUUCGGUCCCGGACGCGGCCAGAAUAUUGAUAGAACGAUUCUGGCCCGGCCCGCUGACCAUCCUGUUCACCAAAACCCCGCAGGUUCCAGACGCCGUCACCGCCGGACAACCGACCGUCGCGGUCCGAAUGCCCUCUCACCCCAUCGCCAGGCGGCUUAUCUACCUGUCCAAUACGCCCAUCGCCGCUCCCAGCGCAAACAUCAGCGGCCGUCCAAGCCCCACGACGGCGAGAGACGUCCUGGAUGACCUAAACGGCCGCAUCAAAUGUCUGAUCGACGGCGGUCCCUGCACCUUCGGACUAGAGUCAACCGUCGUCGACGUGAAUCAAAACCCACCCGCUAUCUUGAGGCCCGGAGCCGUCACCCUUGAAAAGAUAAGAGAAGCCCUCCACGACGUUCGGGAUCUGAGCCUCUGUCGGCCAUCAGAACCCGAUGAACACUUUAAGCCUCCAACCCCUGGUCUCAAGUACCGGCACUAUUCGCCAACCGCCAAGGUCGUCCUCUAUGAAGGCAGUUCCCAUUCAAUCCAAAAGAGACUAGUCCACGACGUCCAAACACUGCUAAACUCCGGGAAAAAAGUCGGGCUUGUCAAUACGCGAGGCAAGUCAAUCGCAAUUCCCGAAGACCUAGCAUCCAAAAUUCAAAUCGUUGCUCUGGGCAACAAAGCCAACCUAACACCGAUCGCCCAGCACUUGUUCACCACGUUCAGAGAACUAGACCGUCUGAACGUCGACACAAUACUGAUCAUGAGCGUUCCCACACAAAAAGAAGGACUAGCUAUCAUGAACCGCAUCCGAAAGGCCGCAUCCGAAGUGAUCCGCGCUUGAAAACACCCCCAAAACACGCGCCGCUCCCUGCUCAAAUCACUCGCCGCACGACCUGUCAAAAACUCAACUCCGCCUUCUCUAUUCAUCGUGUACGCGCGUACGUACCACGUCGCCACGCACGCGCAUGCACCUCUAUGUCUUCCCUUGCGGGCAGGACAAAGGCACAGACUCCCCAAACCGCGCUACCUCCGAACUCUGCUCGCCAACAAAACCCUCUCUGCGCGCCUCUCAACCCGCGCCCUUGCCGAGUCUCAGCGUGCUGCCCCUCCGGCCGCCGGCCUCACUACCCACCUCUUCCCGUCUUCUCACUUGGGCUACUUCGGCGGCAACCCCUGCAUGCACGGCCUGCACGACCCACGCCUCCACCGCCACAGCAAAAAAACCCCCCGCUCACAAUUUCUUCAUGCCCGCGCAACUUUUUUUUUUCGCCAACUUUAUCACCUCAAAUUUUAGCUGAACAAAUCCAUUUCACCCACCAUCGUUCUCUUGCCUACAAAUGAUCUACGUUUGCGGAAGUGAGUAACCUUCUCUCUGUAAUGCGCCGCCACUCCAAAAAAACCAUACUAACUCUCAGCACACCCUCAAGAGUGCGGAACCGAUACCGAUAUCAAACCCCGAGAACCUGUAAG